UAUUUUACUUUUCAAGAAAGAGAAUGCAGCAUUCCCUUACUAGAAAAGAACUUAACUGUCAACCCCAAGAAAGAAAAAUACAAAGUUGGAGAUUUUUUGAAAUUUUCUUGCCGACCAGGAUACAGAGUUGGACCAGACUCAGUGCAAUGCUACCACUUUGGAUGGUCCCCACGUUUCCCAACAUGUAAAGGUCAAGUGGGAUCUUGUGACCAACCUCCUGAACUCCUCAAUGGGGAAUUUAAAGGAACAAAGAAAGAAGAAUAUGGCCAUGGUGAUGUGGUGGAAUAUGAUUGCAAGCCUAGAUUUUUACUGAAGGGACCCAAUAAAAUUCAGUGUGUUGAUGGAAAGUGGACUAGCUUGCCAAUAUGUGUUGAGGAGAAAAGAACAUGUGGAGAUAUUCCUGAACUUGAGCAUGGAUCUGCCCAAUUUUCUCUCCCUCUUCACAUAGCAACAGAUCAAUUGGAGAAGUGUAAAGCACCAAAGGCAAAGGAUAAGGAAGCAAUUCAACCCAAUAGGAAUGAAUUUAAUCAUAAUGUCAGUGUGAGUUACAAAUGUAGAGGAAAGCAGGAGUAUAAACACUCAAUCUGCAUCAAUGGAAGAUGGGAUCCUGAGCCAACCUGUACAAACAAAGGAUCCUGCCCUCCUCCACCGCAGAUUCCAAAUGCCCAAGAGAUGCAAACCACAGUGAAAUACUGGGAUGGAGAAAAAGUAUCUGUUCUUUGUCAAGACAAUUACCUAAUACAGAACACAGAAGAAAUGGUGUGCAAAAAUGGAAGGUGGCAGUCAUUGCCACGAUGCAUUGCAAAAAUUCCAUGUUCUGAGCCUCCUGAAAUAGACCAUGGACGAAUUUUAUUACCACGAUCAUCAGAAGAAAGGAGAGAAACAGAUUUUUCCAGAAGUCAUGAACACGGCAUUACACUCAACUAUGUUUGUGAUGAUGGUUUUAUGAUGGCUGAGGAUCAUGGUGUAACCUGUCACAUGGGACAGUGGAGCUCUCCACCUCGUUGUGUCGGACUUCCUUGUGGACCUCCACCUUCAAUCCCUCAUGGGAUUGUGUCUCAUGGACUAGACAGUUACCAAUAUGGAGAAGAGGUGACAUACAGCUGUGCUGAAGGAUUUGGAGUUUCUGGACAAGCAUUUAUGAAAUGUGUAGGAGGAACUUGGUCCCAGCCACCAGCUUGCAUAAGAACUGAUUGUGACAGUUUACCCAGGUUUGAAAAUGCCAUACUCAUAGAAGAGGAAAAAGAUUCAUAUAGGUCAGGUGAACAAGUGACAUUCAAAUGUGCACCUUCUUAUCAAAUGAAUGGGUCCAACAUUGUGACAUGUGUCAAUCGCACAUGGAUUGGAGAGGUAGUAUGCAAAGAUACUUCAUGUGGGGAACCACCACAUGUGGAAAAUGCUACUAUACUAACAAGACCCAUGGCUAGAUAUCCAUCCAAUGAAAGGGUACGGUACGAAUGUAAUAAACCUUUUGAACUAUUUGGUGAAGUAGAAGUGAUGUGUCAAAAUGGGAUUUGGACAGAACCACCAAAAUGCAGAGAUUCAACAGGGAAAUGUGGGCCUCCUCCUCCUAUUGACAAUGGAGACAUCACCUCCUUCCCUCUGUCAGUAUACGCACCAUUAUCAUCAGUUGAAUAUCAGUGCCAGUCCUUGUACCAACUGCAGGGCAACAAGAAAAUAACAUGUAGAAAUGGAGAGUGGUCUGAGCCACCAAAAUGUUUACAUGCAUGUGUCAUAUCAGAGGAAAUUAUUAAAAGACAUAACAUAACUUACAGAUGGAUAAGAGACCAAAAGCUAUAUUCACAAUCAGGGGAAUUUGUGGAAUUUGCAUGUAAAUAUGGAUAUGAAGCAACAGAUUCAUCCCCACCUUUUCGUACAAGGUGCAUUGAUGGUCAUAUCGAUUAUCCCAGUUGUUCAAGAAAACGUUAUUGGAGUUUUGGAUAAAUAUAAUUUAGAAAUGUGUAUGCUUAUUACUAAUACUGUUUCAAUGUUCAUUUGAAGGAUUGUUUAACUCAUUUCUUUUCAUUAGUAUAAACAUGUGAUUAAUUUGGAGACUGAGAGACCACUGACACAAAUGCAAAGCAGUGUAUGCAGUCCUUCUAAACCAGAAUGUGUGCUGUCCUAGAACAAUGAGCAAUGGCAAGCAAAUAGAUGUAAUUACUUCAUUGUCUGUGUCUGUUGAUGGGGAUUUUUCUGGCCUGGCAGAGUCCUGCUGCCCUUGAGCCCCAAAUAAACACACAAAGACGUAUAUUAAUUAUGAAA